AUGUCUGAAGUCAAGAAAAUUGUUGUUCUUCCUGGUGACCAUGUUGGUCAAGAGAUCACCGAAGAAGCCAUUAAGGUGUUGAAAGCCAUUUCUGAAGUCCGCCCCAAUGUCAAGUUUGAUUUCCAACAACAUUUGAUCGGUGGUGCUGCCAUCGAUGCCACCGGUGAGCCUCUACCAGACGCCUCUUUGGAAGCGGCCAGAAAGGCAGACGCUGUCCUUUUGGGUGCCGUUGGUGGACCAAAAUGGGGUACUGGCCUGGUCAGACCCGAACAGGGGCUUUUGAAAAUCCGUAAGGAACUGCAAUUGUAUGCCAAUUUGAGACCUUGCAACUUUGCCUCCGACUCGUUGCUGGAAUUGUCGCCAUUGAAAGCUGAGCACGCUCGCGGCACCGACUUCGUCGUUGUCAGAGAAUUGGUCGGUGGUAUCUACUUUGGCGAGAGAAAGGAAGAUGACGGCGACGGUGUCGCCUGGGACAGCGAAAAAUACUCGGUUCCUGAGGUGCAAAGAAUCACCAGAAUGGCUGCCUUCUUGGCCCUGCAACACAACCCACCUUUGCCAGUAUGGUCUCUAGACAAAGCUAAUGUGUUGGCUUCUUCUAGAUUGUGGAGAAAGACCGUCGAAAAGACCAUUAAGGAGGAAUUCCCAACUUUGACCUUGCAGCACCAACUGAUCGACUCUGCCGCUAUGAUUUUGGUCAAAAACCCAACCCAGUUGAACGGUGUCAUCAUCACCAACAAUAUUUUUGGUGACAUCAUCUCAGAUGAGGCCUCCGUGAUCCCAGGCUCGCUAGGUCUAUUGCCAUCCGCAUCGCUAGCCUCCCUACCAGACACCAACACCGCCUUCGGUCUGUACGAGCCUUGCCACGGUUCUGCACCAGACUUGCCUAAGGGUAAGGUCAACCCAGUUGCCACUAUUUUGUCCGCCGCUAUGAUGUUGAAACUAUCUUUGAACUUGUUUAAAGAAGGUGCUGCUGUGGAAGAAGCCGUCAGAAGAGUCCUAGAUUCCGGUUUGAGGACUGCUGACCUCAGAGGCACAAACUCGACUACUGAAGUCGGUGACGCUAUCGCCAAGGCUGUGAAGGAGAUUCUAGCCUAA